CGUAAUGAUAUAGAGAGAAAAGCCUCGUACUGCUACUGUCCCGCGUAAUAAAAAACCGUACUUUAUUAACUUUGGAUUUUCAAUUUCAAGAAAACAGGAAGCAAAGAUUUCACAUUUUUUAAUUUCUUAUCUACACAGAGAGUCGGGAGAGAAUGCAAUUCAGCUUUCAGCUUGAUAAUUUCAUCGUACCUUGGGAAGGGCACAAUAAAGACGAUAAGAUUAUUUUAGGUGAGUGGUGAUUAUGAUAGUAAUAAAUUUUUAUCAGACUUCUCAAGUCUGAGCCCUCCAAUUUGAACUGGUUACAAAAUAAUAAUUUGUAGUCAAAGAAGCGGCUUGCUAAAAUCUAAAAUAAUACUGUCAUAUAGUUUUUUCCGCUGAGGAAGUGGUGAACCCAGUUCGAAAUUAGAGUGGUGUUAACAGCAGGAAAACAUCAAAGAUUUACAAAUUCGUCAUACAUAUUGUUGGCAGUCUCGUACGCAACAGAAAUAAAACGUAUCGACGAAGAUUUGGCAAUGGUUCAAUAUGCGAUAAUGCUCGUGUGUGAAUUGCUUUCCGACAUUAAUCCGCAGAUUCCGGUAGCUGAAUAUUUCGCCGCACUCUGAUUGUGAAUUUGAAUAUACCGCACAUGCAAAAAAGCAGCAAGUUGCCGGCCACAAAGUGUGGUUAUGGUUUCUGUAUGUUUCGGACAUCACAGACUUAUAAGUCUAUGGCAUGUUUUCUAACGCAACUUCUCAUCAUUGUUGAUAACGUUGAGGGUUUGCGGUCAACGGUGCUGUCAAACACUUUAAAAAGUGACCGUGUUUUUUCCACAGUUCUCAAUAGUUAAGUAGCAUUAGUUGCAAUAAAGAGUGAGCAAUGCGUAACGUUGAAAUAAAAGCACGAGUUCAAGAUAAAGAUGCUAUCAUCCUGCGGGCAAAGUACCUGAGCAAAUCGAAGGAAACCGUGAUUAACCAGCAUGACACAUUCUUCAAAGUUUCCAGAGGUCGGCUCAAGCUACGACAGUUUGAGGAUGGUUCCGGCGAAUUAAUAUUCUAUGACAGACCCGACACUGAAGGGCCAAAGAUAAGUGACUAUGUGAAGACCACAAUUUCCAGCAAGGAGGUCCAGGGAUUAACAGAUGUCUUAGCUAAGUCUAAUGGAAUAAUUGGAGCUGUGAAAAAAGUGAGACUUUUAUACAUCAUUGGCCAAACCAGAGUUCACAUUGACGUUGUUGAAGGACUUGGUAAUUUUAUGGAACUUGAGGUAGUUCUGAAUGAUGACCAGUCUUUGGAAUAUGGGCAGGGAAUUGCUGAAAAAUUGAUGUCAGAACUCGGUGUUCAAAAAAAGGAUUGCAUUUCAGUUGUGGCCAGGGAUUGAAUUUCUGCAUUGGGCAGUGCUAUCGAUGAACAAUCACCAGCGGGCAGCAUCAACACGUUGGAAAGAAGAGGAGAUAUUACACUGUGAAGACGGAAUAGUUUUGUUCUGCAGAGGUACAGCAUGUUUCGUCAAUUUUAUGGGGGACGCAUUAAGAUUUGGUGGAAUCGGAGAGUAUUUGAGGCAGCUGGGUCGCUCAUUUACAAGGUAAUUACGUAGAGGACUAGACAGGGAUUGCAAAAGGCGACAAUUGUAUUCAUCGAUUUUGCUGUUGCUCAAUUCCACUUCUAGUGAGGUAUCCUAUAAACAUAAUUUUCAUUCAAUCCGUGUGAAA